CACCUUUUUGGCAUGUCUGUUGAAAAUAUAUCUGUCAGUCUAUCUCGACUAGCUCUGGCAAAAGCUAUCAAGACACCUGAUACUGGUGAAGAUGAGUCAGAACCUUGGACAAAAAGUGUUAUUUUUCACCAAUCUCAUAUUUCCCCUGGUAUGCGUGAAAAUAUGAUGAAUCCUCAACAACAACAACAACGACGUCAACAACAUGGUCGUCAUCAUCAACGACAACAACAACAAAGAAGUUAUCCAUCUCGACAACAAGACUAUCACCGUCAUAGUCGUCAACUUUUGGACCAACCUUCAAAUACCACUCGACGUGAAAAGUCAUAUCAAAAUAUGUCAAGACCAGCAAGUACCUUUGGCUUAGUUUCUCAGUCUCAACUUGGUCAUGAAGAACAAAGACAACAAGAAACACCUUCACCAUCAUCAAAUAUGGCACAGCAACAACAACAACAACGACGCUCUCCAAAAAAUCAACGACAUUUAUAUGCUUCAAGUGAUGAUGACGACGAAGAAGAAGAAGAAGAAGAAGAUGACGACGCAAGUUCACAAUCCUCUGUACCAACAAAUCAAUCAUCACAAGUCCCUCCUCUCAAAGAUAUUGGUCAUACCAACUUGAUGCCCACUUCAGAACAAGAAAAUCAACCUAUUACUUCUAGUUCCAACAUGUUGAAUAAAAAGAAGAAAAUAACUCCAGUGGCAAGUGAUGAUGAAUCCGAUGAUGACUCUAUUGCAAGCUCUAAUGAAAGUCAAGAUGAAACAAAUCAAUCUCAUAGAAAUCGACAUGUAUUCAAUGAAUGGACAAUUCCUCUUGGUGGUGAAGACGAUGAUCAAGAAGAUGCUCAUAUGAAAGCGAGACGCAUGUCUACAUUACGACAAUUAGAACGUGGUUCAAGCGUGCACAAACGAUCAAGAUCAGUCGGUGCUAUGGAAAAGGUGUAUACAGCAGACGUGGCUAUCGACAACGGACUUCUUCCAUUGAAUCCAAUGCAAUCCGAACAACAAGAAAAUGGUGGUAUUGAAGAGUGGCGACAAACAGUACUCGAUGCUGUGGAUUCAAUUGGAACAACACCAGCGUCUACUCCAGCAUUAAACAUCAAUAGCACUGCAUCAUCAUCACCAUCCUCUUUUAUUGGAAGCGAAUCUUCUCGUACACCAUCCAAUCAAGACUCCUCUUCUACUCCUGCGCGACCAGUUUCAGGUACCCGUGGACGACGAACAACAUUGGGCGAAAUGGAUAUGAUGUAUUAUAUGCAACAGCAACAACUUCAAAUGCUACAACAGCAACAAAUGGCUCAAAUGCAAUAUCAACAGGCGGCUUGGCAAGUAGCACAACAACAGAUGAUGCAACAACAACAACAACAACAACAACACAUGAUGAUGGAACAAUAUGACAAUCAUCGUCGACACAAAGUGAAAAGUAUAUCUGCCAUGGACAUGAUGAUGCAAAUUGAACAAGAAAAAGAAGCGAAAUCGACGGCAAGGCGGAAACCAAAACGAAUUGAUCCUUCCAAGGCACAAAUUGAUGGAUUAUUGGGAAAAGUUCAAGAGCAAGGUAAACACAAUAUUAGCUUCCAACAACAAGCAGCUACCAUCAAGGAUCGUGCUGAUAGAAUGGCUGGAAGAAGUACUCCUCAUUAUCGACAACAACAGUAUUCUCGCCAAUCAAUGAUGAUACCUGAAUCACGUUCACAAACACCAAUGAUGAUGACGAAUAAUCUAUCUGAUCAAUAUCUUUUACAACAGCAACAACAAUGGCGUCGAACACAGCAAAUGACUCGAAGUGAAAGUACCCCUGGAUUACAACAACCACAUAUAUAUCGACAAAGUAUGGCUCUUGCUUCUACACCAGGUUUGAUCUCUUCCUCAUCCUCUCAUUUGAAUUUACCAAUGAUGACCACUAGCCGCAGCACUGGCCGACCAACGAGUACCAUGAUGCGACCACAAAGUUCUUGGGGAAAUAUUUGAAUUUGACCAUCUCUGUUCAUUGACAUUUAUAUAUAUAGUUGUUUUUUUUUUUUUUACCCAUCUAUUUUAUUCUCAUUUCUCUUCUUUCCACUUAUUAUCACCCCCCCUCCUAUUUCAUAUCAUUUUAUUCAUGACAACAAAAAAAAACCCUCUCUUCAUAUAUCUAGACGUUGUUUUUUUUUUAUAUAUAUUAUUAUUACUAUUUUUAAUUUUAGCAUGAUUACAUACACUUCG